AAGAAAGGCAUUUGCUAUCUCUCUCGCCCUCAUAGUAGAAACUAGAAACCACGCCCAUUAGAAUAGCAAUGAAGAAAACGCCAUGAACCAUCUCGCAACCUGUUCUUUUGGCUUCUAGUUUUCCUUCUUGUAAACCCUCAAAAUCAAAAUCGUCCUGAUUCCGCCUGCAGCAGCAACUCAGCACGAAGGUUCAAACCAUUCUUGCUCCCUUUCGUCAUUCCUUCAGAUCCGCUGCAUUUUCGGCCUCGAAUUCACGAUCUCUCUGUCCGAUCCCGCUAGAAGAAAACCCCGAACUCUUCUAUCGUCGCUCUUUGUGUAUAUUUCCCGUUCUUGCUUUCUCUGCUUCUACUGAACCCAGGCCACAUUUUGUUUCCUCUCUUUUCUUCCUUCUCCCUUCCGGUCUUUCUUUCUUCUCUCUUGGUCUAUUACCAUUUCUGUUCUGCUUCCUUCUAUAGAGCUGGGUUUAAUUCCUAAGUCCUCACCCCCAACUGCAAUCGGUUUUGUUUGGUAACUACUGACUAGUUAUAGUCCUUUCUGGAGAAAACCCUAGAACUACUUUCUGCUUCUUUCUUGUUAGUUUGCCUUUGAACUUUCUUGUACAAAUUUUGGGUUUUGGAAUAAUCUCGGCGAGCUUAACGUUAGGUAGUUGGUUUAGUUAGCGAUGAACAACAGUAGAGCGAGGUAUCCUCCUGGUCUUGGUGUCGGGAGAGGCGGAGGAACGAUUGCCAACCCUAAUUUUCAGUCAAGGGUUCCGCAUCAGCAGUACGUGCAGAGGGGUUUGAUGCAGAACCAUCAGCAUUUUCAACAUCCCCAACAGGAACAUCAGCAACAGCAGCAGUGGUUGAGGAGGAAUCAGCUACCUGCUGGGGAUUCCGAUGUCGAUGAGGUGGAGAAGAUAGUUCAAUCUGAGGCCGUUGACUCCAGUUCACAAGAUUGGAAGGCAAGCCUAAAGAUACCUCCAGCAGAUACGCGUUACAGGACGGAGGAUGUCACUGCUACUAAAGGGAAUGAGUUUGAGGACUAUUUUCUGAAGCGUGAACUUUUGAUGGGAAUAUACGAGAAAGGGUUUGAAAGACCAUCUCCAAUUCAAGAAGAGAGUAUACCUAUUGCACUUACUGGCAGUGAUAUUCUUGCUAGAGCUAAAAAUGGAACUGGGAAAACAGCUGCAUUUUGCAUCCCAGCUCUUGAAAAAAUUGACCAGGAUAACAAUGUUAUUCAAGUUGUCAUCUUGGUGCCAACUCGUGAGUUAGCUCUUCAGACUUCUCAAGUGUGUAAAGAGCUUGGAAAACAUUUGAAAAUUCAAGUAAUGGUUACUACCGGAGGUACAAGUUUGAAGGAUGACAUCAUGCGUCUGUAUCAACCUGUACAUUUGCUUGUUGGGACUCCUGGAAGAAUUCUAGAUCUUGCGAAAAAGGGUGUCUGCAUUUUGAAAGAUUGCUCAAUGCUUGUUAUGGACGAGGCUGAUAAACUCUUGUCUCCAGAGUUUCAACCUUCAGUGGAGCAGUUGAUUCGUUUUCUUCCUGGAAGCCGUCAGAUUUUAAUGUUCUCUGCUACAUUUCCUGUUACGGUGAAGGACUUCAAAGACAGAUAUCUUCACAAGCCUUAUGUCAUUAACCUUAUGGACGAGUUGACACUUAAGGGUAUUACACAGUUCUAUGCUUUUGUUGAGGAACGACAGAAAGUCCACUGUCUGAACACUCUCUUCUCUAAGCUGCAAAUAAACCAGUCAAUCAUCUUCUGCAACUCAGUUAAUCGUGUGGAACUGCUGGCCAAGAAGAUUACAGAACUUGGCUAUUCGUGUUUCUACAUUCAUGCAAAAAUGCUGCAAGAUCACCGUAAUAGAGUGUUCCAUGAUUUCCGCAAUGGAGCAUGCAGGAAUCUUGUUUGUACUGAUCUAUUUACCAGAGGUAUAGAUAUCCAGGCAGUGAAUGUUGUUAUUAACUUCGACUUCCCCAAGAACUCGGAAACAUAUUUACACAGGGUUGGUCGUUCUGGGAGGUUUGGACACCUUGGUUUGGCUGUGAAUUUGAUAACCUAUGAGGACCGUUUCAAUUUGUACAGGAUUGAGCAAGAACUUGGGACUGAGAUAAAGCAGAUUCCUCCACAUAUUGAUCAGGCAGUCUAUUGCCGGAUUGAAUCUGGGGCAUUUGAAUUCUGAAAAGAUGGAAGAAUUGGUGGUAGAAGGCAUUUGUGGGCGGUGUUGUCUUAAACUGGCAUUGCUUGUUAUUGAGCGUAUUACGAGAACUUGAUGCCCUGAGCUGGUGAAGAAGAUGGUAGUAGGCCUAGGAGUUCAUUGGUUUCUCUCUCUGAAAGCCCAACUUAGAUAAUGUUUGCAUGAUGGUCUAGCGAGUCCUUUUUCUAUGUGUGCGUUUUGUUAUUUGACCUCUUCCUUUUCCUCCCUGAGUGGUUUGGUACAGUAUUUACUACGUCCGAGGUGAACUGUUGCCUUUGGUUGUCGGCCCAGACAAAAGAAGGCACCACCAACAUUUCCUCGUUUCAGCUAUCCUCUGGUUUCAAUGACAGUAAUAAAGUGUUCUCUGGACUUCCAAGUUGCGAGUUUGGUUUUCUGUGUUGGUCACAUUUUCUUGAUAGAGCUUCUGAUUAAAUGGUGGCGUGCGUCUCUCAACUGGCCAGUACAAAAUAUCAUGUUCCUUGGUUUUGCUUCCGGUGGUUUGAGGGUAACGGCAACAUGAGGCUGGUACGUAUCUAACAGUACAAAGCCUCCGUUUUAGUGGGGAUAGGUAAACUAUUGGUUUGACUUUGUUUCUUCAAUUGGUUCUCAGCGUUGAUUUUGUAAUUUAGUUUUCCAUUUGGAGGCGAAUUGAGAGUCCUCUAGGGGUUCUUCAACAGCUCGCCGAGUUGGCAAUUGAAUUUAAUGAAUGAGUUUGGAGCUGAUGCAGGCUAAGCUUUGAACUUGAUCCUUGCAGCAAAGCAAUGCCGCGCUAGUGGCAGGAGGAACUGCUUCAUUCUGUACUUUCGAGCCAGCGAUAUUCGCGACUGGUCAUGAGGUAGCAGUUUUGAAGAUGGUGGGCAACGAUUGGUUACAAAAUAUUGGAGAAGCCUAAUAAGUAAUAUGGAUCAAAAUGUGUCCAUUGCAUCCAAUCCAAAUGGACCUAGUUCAGUAACAAAUGACUCAUGGCCAGUGUGAUAUACAUUUUUGGAAUCACUUCACCGCAAUAUACAUUUUUGGCCAAUGUUCUGUUCUUGCACCAGAGUUGCAGGCAUUUAGAGACGGGAUAUCUAACAUGGAUGUUUUUUUUUUUUGGCAAAA